GUGCAUACCAGAUAUUUCAUGGAGGUGGAAUAAUAAAGGUAUUCACGUUUCAUUGCUAAUAAAAAUGUCUUUUACAAAAAGACACGUUUUCAACGUUUUUAUUGCGACUUGCGAUAAUUAUUUAUCAUCGUUAUUACGUCCUUAUCCAAUCAAUUAUUUGAAGAAAUUACGUAGAUAUGCCUAUACUGAUAUACCAAAGCCGAAUUUUGAUGAAUAUCGACGGAAAUCCGUGAGCGAUCCCGAAACACCAGCUAUAAAAAGUAGCGAUGACCGAAAAGCAUUAAGUUGCAUUGCUUCUUUCACUGGUGGUGUUGCUGGAUUAUAUGCUUUCAAAGCUCACAUGUUACAUUAUAUAUUCUUCAUGUCGCCUUCGCGAGAUGUAUUGUCGGAAGCGCAAUUAGAAGUGAAACUGAGCGAUAUACCGGAAGGAAAGGUGUCGGUCGUUAAGUGGCGCGGUAAACCCGUUUUUGUUUAUCAUCGGACUCAAUCAAUUAUUGAACAGGAAAGAGCCGUAAGCUUAUCGGAGUUACGCGAUCCGGAAACGGACGACGAUAGAGUCAAAAAGCCAGAGUGGCUCAUUGUUGUAGCUAUCUGUACACACUUGGGAUGCGUACCGAUUCCGAAUGCAGGCGUUAUACCGGGUGGUUUUUUUUGCACAUGCCACGGUUCGCACUUUGAUGCAGCCGGUCGUGCGCGAAAAGGUCCGGCACCGACCAACCUGGAAAUACCCGAAUAUAAGUUUAUAAGUGAUGAUAGUAUUAUUAUUGGAUAAUAAAUUUUUUAUGUAUAGUAAAAUAAAUGUUGAAUCAUAUCCAGUUUCAUAUAGAAUGAUUACUUUUUAUUAUUAUUAAUGACCUUGUUAUUAUUGUUAUAUAUGUUAUAUAUACAUCGAAUUUGUACUGUCAUACACUUUCUUUGAAAAAUCUGAUGUCCACAAUAUGCAUAAUUUUUACAUAUUUCAGAUUUUUCAAAGAAAGUGCACGACUUUCGAAUGCACAGAAAUGUAAUAGAUAUAAUAAAACGUUAAAUUCAUAUAUAAAAAUAUGUAUUACAUAUCAUAAAGACGUACAAAUUAUACAUGAAUAUAAGAUCCUAUUAAUGUUAUA